AUGUCAUACACCAUCUACGACGCGUCCAUCGUGGCCGCCAAGCACCUCCUCACCUCCCUCCAAGGCAUUCUCACCAAGGCCGAGGCACAUCCCGACGCCGCCUCACACCCUGAUCGCCGCCUCGCCCCGGAAAUGCUGCCGCUCUCCUUCCAGAUUUGGUCCGUCUGCACCGUCGCCGAGGCGCAGGCACUCACACUUCAGCAAAAGGAGGCCGUGACGAAGCAGUACGAGGAGUCUCCGCUGCCGACAUAUGCCGCGAUGCGCGCGCGGAUCGAGCAGGUGCUGGCCUUGCUGGAGACGGUGGAUCGCGAUGCGGCGGUCGAGGCCGGGGAAAAGAUGACGAGUAUCGAUUUCAAGCGGGAGGUCGGAAGGAAGGAGCUGAGUGGUACUGCUUUUUGCGCGGGCACCGGGAUACCGAACAUGUACUUUCACACUGCAAUUGCAUACGCGAUUCUGAGGAACGCGGGCGUCGAGCUGGGCAAGCUUGAUUACCUUGGACCCUUUGUCAUGGCCAAUAUUGGCAUGUAA